GUCAUCGACAAGACCGUCGCGCGCUAUGUGCGCAGGGUAGCCAUCUUUCCGGCCGGCACCCAAGACGAGAACACGUUGCUCGGUAGAACUUUCUGCUGAAAUUUUAUAUUCUCGUUGCUCGUUCUUCUUUUCUUCGUCUGAAUUAGGAUCCGUUGGAACGAAGUGGGCUCGGCGGGUCCCGGCCUCCAUCAUAGCAGCAGCCCACCAUGGCUGAUAAAAACACCAGAAUCGCCAUUGUCAACCACGACAAAUGCAAACCCAAGAAAUGCCGGCAAGAGUGCAAGAAAAGCUGCCCGGUGGUCCGCAUGGGUAAGCUGUGUAUCGAGGUCACCCCGCAAAGUAAGAUCGCGUGGAUCUCGGAGUCGCUUUGCAUCGGCUGCGGCAUCUGCAUCAAGAAAUGUCCGUUUGGGGCGCUGUCCAUUGUUAACUUGCCCAGUAACUUGGAGAAGGAAACCACACACAGAUACUGCGCCAAUUCCUUCAAACUGCACCGGCUGCCCAUUCCGAGACCGGGAGAAGUUCUGGGUCUGGUGGGGACCAACGGUAUUGGCAAGUCCACGGCGCUCAAGAUCCUGGCGGGUAAACAGAAACCCAACUUGGGCAAGUUUGAUAAUCCUCCGGACUGGCAAGAGAUCCUGACCUACUUUCGCGGCUCGGAGUUGCAGAACUACUUCACCAAAAUCCUGGAGGACGACCUCCGCGCCAUCGUCAAGCCACAGUACGUGGACCAGAUCCCCAAGACGGUCAAGGGUUCGGUUGGCGCCAUCCUGAGCAGAAAAGAUGACAUGGACACACAGGACCUGGUUUGCCAGCAGCUCGAUCUGACACAUCUGCGCGAGAGGAACGUGGAGGACCUGUCGGGAGGAGAGUUGCAGAGGUUCGCCUGCGCCGUCGUCUGCAUCCAGAGAGCCGACAUUUUCAUGUUUGAUGAGCCGUCCAGCUAUCUGGAUGUCAAACAGAGGCUGAAGGCCGCCAUCACCAUCCGCUCGCUCAUCACGCCGGACAGGUACAUCAUCGUGGUGGAGCACGACUUGAGUGUGUUGGAUUACUUAUCCGACUUCAUCUGCUGCCUGUACGGCGUGCCGAGCGCCUACGGAGUGGUCACCAUGCCCUUCAGCGUGCGAGAGGGCAUCAACAUCUUCCUGGACGGUUACGUUCCGACGGAGAACCUGCGCUUCCGCGAGACCUCCCUGGUGUUCAAAGUGGCGGAGACGGCCAACGAGGAGGAAGUCAAGCGGCUUCGGCACUACCAGUAUCCCAACAUGGCUAAGACCAUGGGCGAGUUCACCCUGGAGAUCAAGGGAGGAGAAUUCACAGACUCGGAGAUCAUGGUCAUGCUGGGGGAGAACGGCACGGGAAAAACCACCUUCAUCAGGAUGUUGGCUGGGGGACUCAAACCGGAUGAUGGAGGUGACGUGCCCAUCCUCAAUGUGAGCUACAAGCCUCAGACCAUCAGUCCAAAGUUCAAGGGCAGCGUCCGCGCUCUUCUUCACGAAAAGAUCCGAGACGCCUACACGCACCCUCAGUUCAUCACCGACGUCAUGAAGCCCAUGCAGAUUGAGAGCAUCAUCGACCAGGACGUCCAGAACCUUUCAGGCGGUGAGCUGCAGAGAGUGGCGCUCACCUUGUGUUUGGGCAAACCGGCCGACGUCUACCUCAUCGACGAACCCUCGGCCUACCUCGACUCCGAGCAGAGGUUGAUGGCAGCCAGGGUCAUCAAGAGGUACAUCCUGCACGCCAAGAAGACGGCGUUCGUGGUGGAGCACGACUUCAUCAUGGCCACGUACCUGGCGGACCGAGUCAUCGUCUUCGACGGGAUUCCCUCCAAACACACGGCCGCCAACACUCCGCAGGGUCUCCUGGCCGGCAUGAACCGCUUCCUGUCUCUGCUGGAGAUAACAUUCCGUAGAGAUCCCAACAACUUCCGGCCACGCAUCAACAAGCUCAAUUCCAUCAAGGACACAGAACAGAAGAAGAGCGGGAACUACUUCUUUCUGGACGACUAGAACAACUCAUGGCGAGUGUGACUUCCCGUUCUGAACACGAGCACCAUGACGGCAGCGAG